ACUUGGUCUUUUCAUGAACUAGUCGUUAAUAUACGUACUCUGGUUUACCCAAUCCAACCAAGAACGACCACAACCAUUACAUCACGCUGGACUUCAGACUCAGCCAGACGUGGUUUCUUCAAGUAUUUUUCUGUAGGUCUACCCUGUAACUAACAUAAGUAGUAUGGAUACCGACCAAGAUGAAGGUUUAAUAGAACAAAACUCAAGAAGAUGCUGUUCUGAACAAACAAGGAAAAGUUUUCUUGGUCUUUUAAUCGUCAUAUUCUUAGCUGUGGCAUGGGUGGGGGCACAACAAUUUGCUCAAAGUGCAGUCACCAGCGGAAGUUUUAAUGCUCCUUACCUAGUGACAUGGUUUAGUACAUGCUGGAUGGUGUUAUGCUACCCUAUAUAUAUUUUAUUCACUGCUAUAUUUAGAAACCGUGAGGAUUUCUCACAGGCCUAUACUUCUUCACUUAAAAUCUUUGGUCCUGAAAGCAUUGGAGCAAAGCAAAUGUUCACAUAUGUGUUAGGAUUCACCAUAUUAUGGAUGUUAACAAAUUGCUUGUACGUAUAUUCUUUGACUUACAUCGCUGCUACCGAUGCAUCUGCAGUGUCAGCAUCUAAUGUUGCAUUUGUAUACGCUCUAUCUUUGAUCCUUCUUAAGGAAUAUAUCUUCUUUAUCAGAAUUGUAGCUUCUUUGUUGUGCAUCACUGGCGUUGUGUUGUUUGGGUAUGCAGAUGGGUUUGGUGACACUAACACUUUGUUUGUUGGCAUCAUAAUGGCUUUAUGUUCUGCUGUGGGAGCUGCUAUUUAUAAAGUUUCCUUCAAGCGAGUAAUAUACCAAGGCACCCUCGGGCAAGUCUCGUUGUUUCUUUCCCUUCUUGGUGUUACAAAUAUACUAUUUCUAUGGGUUGUAUUUGUAAUUCUAUAUGCAACUGGCGUCGAAACUUUGGUCACAAGCGAGAUACCAUGGUCUUACAUGUGUGGUUCAGCAGCUUUGUCAUUGGUCUUCAACUUCCUUGUAAACUUUGGGAUUGCUUUCACAUAUCCACUCUUCAUAUCUAUUGCUAUGAUGCUGGGAAUCCCUCUCAACGCAGCGGUGGACACAAUCUUCAGGGGUGAGCUCUUCAGCUCCUGGAGGUUGGCUGCUGCUCUUCUCGUGAUCGUUGGCUUUUCACUCAUGAUGUGCCCGGAUACUUGGAAUCUUCCUAUCCAUCGAGCUCUUUGCAUCCGGUCUCCUCGUUGCUACGGUUACGCAGAGGAGGGAGAAGAAGAAGUGACCGCGGAUUAUUCCGGUGCGAUCUUGAAACGAGAAACAAGUAAAACAUCGGAGAAAUUAUGAAUCAAUAAAGAAUGGAUUGUAUAUAUAUGUUAAAGGCCAAAUAAGUGUUCAUGACCCAUGUUGUAGAAGACACUCUGUGUUAGAUAAAUAACCAAGAACAUAUGAAUUGUUUUGUAAAGCUCUUGGAGUGGGAAAACGCAUAAGAUACUAUAGUGCCACUGUACAUAUAAUAAGCUUUACUAUGUUGUCUUUUUAGCUUAAAUUAUUCAAUUCUUAGGCAAUUAUACUUCAGAUACUGUGCUAUUGCUAAAUUAAUUACUGAAUUAUGUCUUUGUAUGUUUUGUAGAUGAUGACAACAUUAUGCCCACGUGACUCUGCAUUUUAGGAGAUCUAAAUUGAUGAUUUGGUAUUUUUUUAAAAGACCAAAAUUCAACUAUGCAUUUAUUUCAAAAUUGUAUUAAAAAUAUUUCAAAAUUGUAGGAAUGCAUUUAAGUUGGAGUUUUUUUGUACUUUUGUCCUUUCAAAUUACUGUGUUAAAAUAUUAUAUUUAAACCAGCUGUGUUUGUUCAUGAAAUACUGUGUGCAAGUUCCAAACUUUAUUAUACACCAGCUGUUCCAGUAAUUUUCACAACUAAGCAUUUUAUAAGGGUAAGGUCCUAUGUUGCGGCAUGCCAUUGGACUUUGAAUUUGCGCCAUUUUGUCGCGAUAAAGACUCCAAAACAACUUGAACUGUUUACCUGGCUUUCCUAUGUUAUUCUUUUUCUCAUCCAAAUGUACUUUAUCCACAUGUAAUAAACUACAUUCGCAUUUCAACCAUCUUAAAAAGCCCUUCCAUCAAUAUUCCUUGUAUAGAAGCAAUUACAUUACUUUAUAUUCAUUCUGUGACAAAUGCAUUACAUUAUAGAAUAAGUUAAAGUUUGUAGAUGCUUAUGGCAUAAAUAUUGGUAAAUAAAAUGAGAAUGCAACAAGUUUUCAGAGUCUGUAACUCCUGCCGACAUAUUCUGCAGCGUAAACUUAUUCAACCACUGCCUCAGGUGAGCCAAGCUCUAAGCUACACAACCGAACCCACAAGAUACACAGUCUCAUAUGAAGAUUUUAAAUACGUACAAGACAUGUUACCCCCAUCAAGGAUCCCCGAGCCCCCCACACAUGGUUCUUACCCCACUCCAUCAGGCUGGGUUGCCCCAUCAGAAAAAGCACCAGACCUGCCCUACUUUAUCAGCCGAACAAAGUUUCAUGUUUUACCGAUCGUAGAAAAGGAGAAACCCCGAGAUCAACCAGUCACCGUAGUUUUCUACAUUGAUGGAGAUAUUUGGGCUUUGGAGAAAGAAUUGAAAGAGCUCAUAAGGCCUUAUGUUGAGUUUGACCCCGCCACCAGAGUUCAUGAGGUUACGAGGUCAAUCACAUUAAAAGGACACCAUGCUGAAGUUAUUGAAAAGUUUUUGUACGCGAAAGGGUUUUAAUAAAACUACCCAUUUACUUUA